AUGGCAGAUCAAGGCAUCUUCGACGAGAAGAACAAAAUAGGGGAGCAGGUCAUCGACUCAUCUCCAAGUGAGCUUGACCAGGGUAUUGUAAAAGAUUGGGAUGGAGAAGAACCGGCCGUUCGACGGAAAAUCGACUUCAUCAUCAUUCCCAUUCUUGCAGCUGCUUUCUUCGCCUUGCAAAUGGAUCGCGGAAAUAUAAGCGCCGUUUUGACAUCGACUAUCACAAAAGACCUCAAUAUCACAACGAAUCAAAUCAAUGUCGGAUCCCAACUGCUCUCCGCUGGCAUCGUUCUCUCCGAGAUCCCAUCGAAUAUCAUUAUGCAGCGAAUUGGACCUCGCGUCUGGUUGUCGGGUCAAUUGUUCGCUUGGGGGUUGGUUGCCACGUUCCAGGCCUUUGUUCAAUCAUAUCCUGCGUACCUGGUUACCAGGAUUCUGUUGGGAUUCUGUGAGGGUGGUUUUAUUCCUGGUGCCCUAUACUACCUCUCUACCUGGUAUAAGAAGGAGGAGACGAGCGUUCGCACCAGUCUCUUCUUCUACGGGCAGAUGUUCGCAUCGGCUACAGCGAGCUUGAUAUCCGCCGGUCUGCUUCAGCUGAGUGGUACCCAUGGCAUGGAGGGGUGGAGAUGGAUCUUCCUGGUCCAGGGCUUAAUGACCCUCUUCAUCGCAAUUGUCUUCACCCUCCUCGUACCUCCAUCAGCCGGAGACGGCCGUGCCUUGAUCACCUUCGGCCGCUGGAGUUAUUUCACUGAGCGCGAGUCGCACAUCAUUCGUAACCGCGUUCUACUAAAUGAUCCCCUCAAAGCCAAGGGCCAUAUCCAGAUUUCGGGCGCAGAUAUCUGGCAGACAGUCAAACAGCCACGAAUCAUGCAGCACGUUCUCCUGACUUUGGUGUCCAUGUCCGGCUUCUCUGGUCUGACACAAUACACACCCAGCAUGAUCAAAGCCCUGGGUUUCGGUGCCGUUAAGGCGAACGCUUUAGCUUCGGUUCCUGUCUACUGCAGCAUGAUCUGGCUAAUUGCUCUGUCUCUUGCUGCAGACAAAACGAGACACCGUGGACCCUUUGUGCUCCUAGCUAUCACUUGGAAUGUAAUUUCCUAUGCUUGUCUUCGUACAAGUAAUACCCACGCUUCGCUAUGGCACCGGUACGGCGUUAUUGCUAUCGCUAAUAUUUCCUACUGCAGCAUGCAUAUUUUGAAUGUCGGUUGGCUGUCAUUCUACUGCCGGACACCCCAGGAACGAAGUGUUGCGAUGGCGUUGGUGAUAAUGGCUGCCAACUGUGCUGGUAUUUCUGGCUCGCAGAUCUUCCGCACUUCCGACGCGCCGAAGUACUUGCAUGGUCUGACCGCAAUUUGCUCCCUUGCUGGUGCCUCAUGGGUCAUUGCUCUUGUCCUUUGUGUCCAAUAUUAUUUCCGCCGGCAAAAAGCGGUUCCUUCGGAUGGAGUGGAUGCGAAAGCUUGA